GGAUGGGGCCUGUGAGCGCGUGGCCGAGCGUGGUGUGGGUGGUGGAGGUUUGCAGGAAUCGCGAGUUGGCUGAGGAGACUGUGCGCGCUGCCGUCACUCACGCGGAGCAAUACGUCUCUGGCGCCGCUACCAGUGGCUCUAGCUUGAACGCGAGUGGCGGCGGAUGCAGCGGCGAUAGCAGCAGCAGUAGUAAUUGUAGCAGCAGUAGUAAUAGUAGCAGCAGCAGUAGCAGUGGCAGCAGUGUCAGCGGUGGAAGCGCCGGUGAUUCAGAGGCCGGCGGUGGGCAGGGGGGGGCAGUUACGCUGAUCCUGUGCUCUGUCGCCUCGGGAGACUCACGUUCACUUGAAUCCUAUACGUCUGAUGAAGCGCCGACCAGCGCGCUGUCUGGCGGGGGGGCGGAAGACAACGCGGAAGAGGCGCGAAUACGGGCUGCGCUCCAGGCGGCGCUGCAACUGACAUGGUCGCGAAAGGUGAAGGCCUUAGCGCACAUGGAGAGGAGUGAGAGCAGGGAGCGGGGACUGUGCAUGGCAGUGAGGCGAUUCCACGCCACCUGCCUCUUCAUUGGCUUGCGCAAGCGGCAGCUAUGGGGGUCAGGCGAGGCGGCAGUGGUGUCGCACUGUGCAUCGCACCUCCCCCCCGGGCUGCACAUCAUAGUGCUACAGCAGGGCAGCAGGAAGAUGAAGCACCUCGUCGCCUCCUCCCACCGCACUCUCUCCCUCUCCGACCCUCGCUCUGUGCCCCUCUCCCCCCACAAGCAAGCCCACGCAGCCGCAGCGUGCAGCGAUGAAUUUCGUCUGCACCCUGCUGCCUUCUCCCCACCGGCUGAGCCUGCUAGUUUCACUUCGCCCAAGCCUGCAGGUCUGACUGUACCCGAGCCUGCAGGCUCGGGUGAGUUAGUGGAAGGGGGAGAGGGCGGAGGGUGCACGGAUGGAAUGGGCCAUUUGACGGCCAGGAGUGAUCAUGCUGCUGCUCGUGGUUUCAGCAGUGGUGGCGGAACCAGUGUUGCUGCUGCUUCAGCUCCACCAGCACUACUACCGGCAGCAACCAGCAGCUGCCCUCCCGCCCACCAACCGUCCCCACCUAUCCGCAUUUCUCUCCGCGGGGGGUCCUUUGGUGGAUCUAGUGCGUCUACCUCGCCUGGUGGUGGUGCUGCUGCUGCUGCUGCUGUUGAUGAUGGUGGUAAUGCUGGUGGUGGUUCAGCAGCAGCAGCAGCAGCAGCAGGUAUACCGCAGUCGCGCAUGCUUGUCAACUCGCGCACGUUGAGUCGAGGCAAGAGGGCCAUGCAGCUUGCUGCUGCCAAUGCUGCACCCACCGCCGGCCCUGCUGCUGCUGCUGCUGCUGCUGCUGCUGCUGCUGCUGCUGCUGCUGCUGCUGCUGCUCCGGGAACUGUUGUCGCAGGUGCAGCCGCCUCUUGUGCUCAUGCAGGCGAUAUCACUGCUGCAGCAGGGCUCGUGACAGAAAGAACGUUCCAGCGACACGGAGGAGUAGGAGGAGAAAGGGGCCUCUGGGAGGGCGAGGGAAGGAGAGGGGAGGAGGGGGUGAGAAGUACGGUGAGUGGUGAGCUAACUCCGAGGGAGUUGGAGGUGGAGGGUGUGUGGGGGCCCAAGGAGCGAUUCCAAUCCCGCCGCCGCUUCCCCUCCCUCGGUUCCUUUGAUGCCGCCUCUCUUCUCACUGCUGCUGGCCCUGGCCCUGUCGGUGCCACUGCUGCUGCUUCUUUUGCUGCUGCUGCUGCCGCUUCAGGUGGUGUUGCCGGCAGUAGUGGCGGCAGCAGCGUGGGUGUCCGUGGUGAUCGUGGGGAGGAUGCUGCUGGGAUGAACAACAGCAGAGGGCGAAGCCUGCGUAGCAGCAGUUUGAAAGCAGAUAUUCCAGAAUAUGCGGGUGGCACUGGCAGUCAGGAUGGCAGUGGGAAUGGCCGUGCCAUUGACAAUGGGACUGGCAGUGGCAAUGAUAGUGGCAGUGGCAGUGACGGGUGGGAUCCGCUAGCAGAAGCUGCUGCUGCCAUCUCUGGUACUGCCCAAAUCUUCGGCUCGCACAGUAAGGGACAGAUGGGUAGCGCAAUGGGGGGAUACGUGGAGAGAGGGCAGACACAAGACGUUGCUGCUGACUCUGAUGCAGCAGCAGGAGCAGGCGGAGCAGCAGGAGGAGCAGCAGCAGAAGCAGCAGCAGCAGAGGCAGGCACAGGGGUGGAAGGGUCACACAGGUGGGAGGAAGUUGGAGGCAGAAGAGGGAGGAGAGGCGAAGGGGGGAACGUGUGGGGAGAGCAAGAGGGUGAGGGAGGUGGGGAGGAGGCGUCACAGAAUUUCCCGACAGAGAUGGUUGUACAGAAGGCAAUGGCUGCUGCUGCUGCUUCUGGUGAUCUGCGCGCCCGCAACCUGAGACGGGUGGUGUCAGUGACAGAGCAGCAGCAGGGGCAGGCAGGUGGACGGGGGGAGCACUCGAGGGAAGCACAAAAGGGAGGGGAGGGAGGAGAGGGUAGUGGGGAGAGAGGAGGGGAGGACGGAGGGGAGGAAGGAGAGGAGGGAGCUGGGGAGAGGGAGUCGCAGGGCCGAGGUGAAGCGGGUGUGCUGAGUGUGUUGGCUGGUGUAGUGCUGAAGCAGAGGGGGCACAAGGAGCAGCAAGAGCAGCAGAAGCUGCAGUUUGUGCAUCAGGGUGUCAAUUCUGGUGGCAGUGACGGUGGAGGGGAGGAGACAGCAGCAGGAGGAGGAGGAGGAGAAAAAGGGGCAGGGGGAGGAAGCGGAGGGGCAGGGGCAGGGGCAGCAGCAGCAGCAGUGGGCAAGCAGAAGUGGAACGUUGUGGGGAAAGGCGGGCUGUCCAGGCCCCGGUCCCCGUUGGAUCGCCGCGCAGUGUCUUUCAGAGAAAAAGGCGCAUUGGCUUCUCUUGCGCCUAUCCUUGGCCUCGUGCACAAGGGGGCGAGCGGGGGAGGCGGAGGGGGAGGUGGAGGAGGUGGAGGUGGAGGAGGUGGAACAGGUGGGGUUGAUCUUGUGGGAAGAGGUGGGAGCAGGCAGGGAGGGAGGGAAGGAGGGAGUGAGGUGCGGUUGGGUGAGUUGCAGAGGAUGCUGGAGGAGCGACGGGCGGAGGCUGCACGAGCAGAGGAGGCAGCGAGGGAGGCGAGAGAGAGGGUGCGAGAGAUGGUGGAGGAGGUAGAGCUGGAAAAAGCGCGCAUAGAAGCUGACAACAGGCAGCAGCAGCAGCAGCACAAGGCAUUUGGAUCUGGGCCGCUCAAACCCGUCACGAGCAAUGCGUUUGACCGAUCACCUUCAGAGGCAUUUCCCCCUGCCACAUCUCCAUCGCCCCUCGCCCGCCGCCCCUUCUCUCCUUCACCUGCUACCGCUCUUGCUGCUCUUGCAGCCCCCGCUGCUCCUGCUGCUCCUGCUGCCAUGGCGGCCCCAGGGGGCGACGUGGGGGGCCGGUGGUUACGGUCGGAGCUGCUACAGGGCUCGGAUGAUGGUGAUGGGAAUGACUUCAGCUUCGGCAGGGUCGUCAGACCCACUGCUGCUGUUGCUUCGGGUGGAGAGGACGACUACUGUGAUGAUCCCGACCAGGAGCAUCACAGCAUGGCGAGUGAGAGCAGCACGUGCUCCUCCUUCAACUCAGCUGAGUUUCUCCGCAAGGUGGCCGACAGGGCAGCAGCAGCAACAGCAGCACCAGGAAAGGUCCCCAGCCGUCUCAACCCUGCAGCUGCUGCUACUGCUGCUGCACCUGGGACAACAACUCCUCCUGACACCACAGCCAGCUCCCCUCGCAGCAACCCCUCCAGCUCUGCAGCCAACACGACAGCAGGGGGCGGAGGAGGGUCAGCAGCAGCACCCCCCGACGAGUCUUCCGACUGCCGCCGCUUCACGCUCGACCAGCUUCGGGAGGCCACUAACGGCUUCUCCGAAGCAAACAUGCUGGGUCGGGGCGCGUUCGGUCCGGUGUUCAGGGGCCAGCUGUACGGGUGCGAGGUGGCCAUAAAAAAGCUAGAGGCUGGGAGCGAGCAGGGGCCGGCGGAAUUCCGCACAGAGGUGGAGGUGCUGAGUCGCGUGCGGCACCCCAAUAUAGUGCUGCUCAUGGGGCAGUGCCCCGAGGAGGCUUGUAUCGUGUACGAGUUCAUGUCUGGUGGGGAUCUGCAGCAUAGGAUCGUGGCCGGAUCGUCACCAGCUGAAAUUGCUGCAGCAACAGCAGGAGCAGCAGCAGGAGCAGGAGCAGGAGCAGGAGCAGGGUCCGGUGGUGCUGCUGCUGCUGGUGCAGGAGGAGGAGGAGGCGCACCGGUGGUGGCCCUGGACAAGCCGCGAGUCAUCCCUCUCUCAUGGUCUGAUCGUCUGCGCAUCGCGGCGGAAAUCUCCGGAGCUCUCCUCUUCCUGCACCGGCACGACCCGCCCAUCCUGCACCGCGACUUAAAGCCGGACAACAUCCUGCUCGACGCCAAUGGUACCAGCAAGAUUGCCGAUGUGGGGCUUGCGAGACUCAUCCCUGGGGAUGAUGGGCUGGGGCAUGUGACGUGGAAGGUGCGGGGGACUGCAGGGUAUAUUGACCCUGAGGAGCUGAGCACGGGGCAGCUGUCAGUGAAAUCGGAUAUUUACGCGUUUGGGCUUAUUGUGCUGCAGCUUCUGACAGGCAAGCGGAACGUGAAGCACCUGCAUCGCAUGCUGGAGGAGUGUGCAGUUGGUAGCGGCACCACCCUUGGGCCUCCUGCCUCCUCCCCGCUCUCCCCUCUCUCCGGUCUCUCCUACAACUCCUCCAGCAGCGGCAGCAGCAGCGACAGCGGCCUCGGGGAAGCCCGGGACAUGAACCGAGUCCUGGCUGUGGUAACCAGCAACCUGGACCCCAACGCGGGGCAUUGGCCGCUGGGGCUGGUGGAGCGAGUGGUGCGCGUGGCAGCGCGGUGUGUGGAGCGCAAGAGAGUGCACCGCCCGGACCUGCGCACAGUGGUGCACCCCGUGCUGGCAGAUGUGGCUCGGCUGGCUGCCGAGGAGAAGGCAAGGAGGGCUGCGGAGGUGGAGGGCCAGCUGCUGUGCCCGCUGUCACAGACCUCGCCUCCUGCCUCCUCCCUCUCUCCGCUCAAUCUCACCCUGUGGUCUCCUCUUCCACUUUGCCUCUCCCCACCCUCCCUCCGCCCCCCUUUUUCUGGGUCACAGGAGCGCAUGACAGAUCCUGUGGUGGCAGCCGAUGGAUUCACUUAUGAGCGACGCAGAAUUGCUGAUUGGCUGUCUUCGCACAGUACCUCUCCGCUCACAGGAGAGCACAUGCCGCACUCUCUUCUCACUCCCAAUUACCUUCUUGCUCGCAUGCUCAACAACUUUUAG